GCAUUCUUAAUGAAACACGUAUGGCGAACACCCAUCCAUUUACUACCGCUUGUCCCUUUUGGGGUCGAACAAAUACAGCAAAUACUCUUGACAUCAGGAGAGUGUGUCCUACUUUCCGGCGGACGGCCCCUUGCUGACUGACUGGAGGAUGCCUGUGGACCAGCUGGACCUGCUGGACAAACUGGUUGUCACAUGCCAGGGCCUGUUAUCCCAAACAAGACCCUGAGCGCGGUGGCACUCACAUGAUCUCCACAGAUGACCUGGAGUACCCGCGGGAGUACCGGACGCUGGGCAACAGCGGCCGGCGCUUCUCCAACGUGGGCCUGGUGCACACGUCGGAGCACCGGCACACGGUCACGGCGGCCCAGAGCCUGGAGGCCCUCACCAACCUGCACAAGGCCGACAUGGAGCGCAAGCGGGACGCCUUCAUGGACCACCUGAAGAGCAAGUACCAGCAGCAGCAGCAGCAGCAGCAGCAGCAUCAUCAGCAGCAGCUGCAGCAUCAGCACCACAACCCGCCCUCGCCUUCGCCCUCGCCGUCGCACGGCAGCAUGAGAGGGAGCUCCGAGAGGGCUGCGAGAGAACAGCAACAACCCAACUACUGGAGCUUUAAGAGCCGCAGCCCUCGCCACUCCCAGUCCACCCAGUCUGGCCUCGCCGACCAGGCCACCAAGCUCUCCUACGCCUCCGCCGAAUCCCUGGAGACCAUGUCCGAGGCCGACGUGCCCAUCGGCUUCAACCGGAUGAACCGGUUCCGCCAGAGCCUGCCGCUGUCGCGCUCCGCCAGCCAGAAUAAGCUACGAUCUCCAGAUGAAUUUGCAGGCGUGCUGUUCCUGCAGUACGGCGACGAGACGCGCCGCGUGCACAUCACCCACGAGCUGAGCAGCCUGGACACGCUGCACGCCCUCAUCGUGCACAUGUUCCCCCAGAAGCUGACGGCGGGCAUGCUCAAGUCGCCCAACACGGCCAUCCUGAUCAAGGACGAGGCGCGCAACGUCUUCUACGAGCUGGAGGACGUGCGCGACAUCCAGGACCGCAGCGUGAUCAAGGUCUACCGCAAGGAGCCCAUCUACGCCUCCUACCCGGCCGCCGCGCAUCUGGCCAACGGCGACCUGCGGAGAGAGAUGGUGUACUCGUCCCGCGACUCCUCCCCGACUCGCCGCCUCAACACGCUCCCCUCCUCCUCCUCUUCCGGCUCGCCGUCUCGCUCCCGCCUGUCCUAUAGCGGGGGCCGCCCGCCGUCCUUCGCCGGGCCCCACGAGCAGGCUCGCCACCCCCACCACCCGUCGGCGGCCCACGUGGCCAACGCGGGCCUCUCGCCCUCGCCCAGCGCCAUCCUGGAGCGCCGCGACGUCAAGCCGGACGAGGAGGUCUCGGCCAAGAACCUGGCGCUGAUGAAGAACGAGUCUCUGUACGCCGACCCCUACAGCCUGAUGCACGAGGGCCGCCUCAGCAUCGCGUCGACGCAGUCGCUGGCCGCCAUCGGCGACCCGUUCAGCUUCCCCGUGUCUGCGGGGCUGUACCGCCGCGGCUCCGUGCGCUCCCUCAGCACCUACUCCGCAGCCGCCCUGCAGGGGGAGCUGGACGACUCCCUCUACAAGCCCGGGGGGCCCCUGUACUCCGACACCUACUCGGCCACGUUGGGCAUGGGCUUUCGCAUGCCGCCUUCGUCCCCGCAAAAGAUCCCAGACAUCCACCUGCGGGACAGGGACUCGUACUCCGGCUCACCCAGCAGGGCCUCGCCCGUCAGGCAGAGCUUCCGCAAAGACUCGGCCUCCUCCUCGGUGUUCAUGGACAGCCCCAAGUCCAGACCUAAUUCCGGCUCUGAACCUCUGUGCCUGACUGCUGGACCCGGGGAGGGGGGCAGAGCCACGCCAGGGUUUGGUUCUUCUCUGUCUGGACCGGACUCUGAUGCCAGCAGGGAUCAUCGUCUGGAGCGCAUGGAGGCCAUGGAGAAGCAGAUCGCCAGCCUGACCGGUCUGGUCCAGAGCGUGCUGACCAGAGCUCCGGACAGCGACAGCACAUGCGGCCUGCUGCGUCUCUGCAUGAUGGCGGGCUGCCCCCCGGACCAGGGAGCCGACUUCUCACGGACAUUACCUUUCUCUUCCAGCGACAAGACCGACACCAACAGCGACGGCUCCGCCACCGGAACAGGACGGCUAAAGAAGAAAGCUCACACUCCGUCGGCGCCGCUGGCCCUGAUGCCGCCGCCGCCGUCCAACUCCACGCCGCUGAACAACGUCAGCCGCCUGCAGAUGCAGCUCCACCUGCACGGCCUGCAGCAGAACGCCAACGACCUGCGCAAGCAGCUCAGCCAGCUGCGUAAGACCCAGCUGGACAACCAAGACUCCAUGCGCACGAUGCUCAAGCGGACCGAGGCGGAGUUGAACGUGCGCGUGGCCGACGCCCUCAGGAAGCAGGAGGAUCCCUUGCAGAGACAGCGCCUCCUAGUGGAGGAGGAGAGGCUCAAGUACCUCAACGAGGAGGAGCUCAUCAUCCAGCAGCUACACGACCUGGAGAAGUCGGUGGAGGAGAUCCAGAAGGAGUCGGCUGUCAACCACAAGCUGGUGAGCGUGCAGGAGCUGGAGGAGAAGAGCGCCGUCCUCCGAAAGCUGGGAGAGACGCUCACCGAGCUCAAGAAUCAGUUCCCCAGCCUGCAGAGCAAGAUGAGGGUGGUGCUGAGGGUGGAGGUGGAAGCCGUCAAGUUCCUGAAGGAGGAGCCGCACCGGCUGGACGCCCUGUUGAAACGCUGCAAGUCCGUAACGGACACCCUCAGCACCAUGCGCAAGCAAGCCAACGAGGGGGUGUGGAAGAAGCACGAGGACUUCUCUAAUCCGUCAUCCAAGCACAACGAGGACCUGAGAAAGUUCUCGGACUUUGACCUGCAGAGCAGCUCGCCGCUUAGCAUCAACGACCUGGGCGGGGGGAACAGCCUGUCCAACUGGAGCCCCCACACCAGCCUCAACCGGCGCCCUCACAAGGACAAUCACCCGCCCGUUCCUCACAAGGGCAAAGCCCUGGAGGAGCUGGAGCGCCGCACCGCCGCUGAUAAGGCUUUAUCCGUGGAGGUUCGCCUGGCGGCCGAGCGGGACUGGGAGGAGAAGCGGGCCAGUUUGACCCAGUACAGCGCUCAGGACAUCAACCGGCUGCUGGAGGAGACCCAGGCCGAGCUCAUGAAGGCCAUCCCCGACUUGGACUUUGCCGCUAAACAGAUCAAGAGCUCUUCUAACACGCCCUCGUCCCAGAACCCGCAGACCGCUCAGAGCGGGGCAGCGACCCCCGAGCACCGCGCCAACAAGCCCCAGCAGAAGAAAGAAGGGGGAACCAGGCUCGGCUCUGACGAGCUGACGGUGCCUCGCUACCGCACAGAAAAACCCUCCAAGUCUCCGCCGCCGCCGCCGCCCAGACGCAGCUUCCCAUCGUCUCCAGGCCUGACCACCCGCAGUGGGGAGACCCUGGUUCCGGGGAAAAGCGUCAAGAAGUCCGAUUCUGAAGAGGCGGAGAGCCAGAAGCCUCACAUGAAACUGAGGAGGACGGUGUCGGAAAACCCUCGUCCCGCAUCCACACCUCCCACGCUGUCCGGGGACAAGGUGGACGGCGAGCAGGAGAGAACCUCUGGCCAGUUGGAGGGCAGACCUUUGUGUUCUGUUGCACACAUCAUGUUGACUGACUGUUGGCCAGCUUCAGCGUCCCCCCCUGAGGAUCCUGUCAGAGAUUUGUCCCCCUGUCCUGUAAAAACAAGGCCUUCCGUGAUGAAUUCACCCGCUCGGCGAGAGUUAAGGUUGCGACAUUCCUUCUCCGAGGAAGAAGAGAAACGGGAAGUGACUCUGCUCCUCACAGAGCUGGAGAUGAGGGCGCUUUCUCCGUUAGAAGCACAGGAGCUCAGCGGCGCCAUGGGAGUCAUUUUCCAGACCCGGACUAUCUCAGCCGGCGCGGAGCUCUCGGACGUCCACUUGAGCGAGCGGCCUCUGCUGCUGCUCUUCAGGGAGGAGACCACGAUCAAGGACGCUUACAAGCUGCUGCUCGGCCUCCUGGAGUCGUCUCAUCCUCAGCCCAGACCCAGGAGAACAUCCUCCGUGGCUCGCCCGAGCCAGCGGAGCUCCCUGGUGACGGCUCUGAGGAGAGGGGCGGAGACCGGGGACGUGGUUCUCCGACUUCAACACGGCGCCGGCGCCACGGAUUCUCAGUCCGUGGAGGUAUCUCAAGCAGGAGAGAAUGUCCGCCGCAGCACCUUCAAGAGGCUGGACAGCUUGGAGGAGACCAUUCGCCAGUUGGAGAACACCCUGAUAGAGAUCAGCGCCGGUUCCUGCGCGGAGGAGCUCCCACCCGAACCCACCAGGAGGAAGCCGGCGGUUCCGCCCAAGCCGACAUCGAGCCAGGGAGGAAAUGGCCUGGCCCCCGGCAAGGUCCCGCCCCCUACGGCCACCAAGCUGAAGCACCUGCAGCACAACAGCAUGGACAAAUACAAGAGCGGCAAGAGGGAGGACUUCCUGAAGAGCCAAGGCCAGCAUCAGCAGUGAGCGACGCAUCCUCGCCGUUGACCUUUUGUGUAUGUGUCCACAAGCAUGCGUGGCUGCAAGGGGACCGCACCCAACCUUCAACAUUUUUAGGACUAUUUUCCCUCCCUUCCACCCCGACCCCCGACCUCAUCAUGUGUCCUGCUCUGACCUGAAGGCCUCGGGAGGCGUCAGCGUCGAGCCGUACCUCUCCGGGAUCAAAACGGGGCGCCCCAGGAAGGCGGACGGCACGGGGCCGUCCCUGAGGGCGUCCCCCGGCCAGGCCAAGGCGCUGCUGGCCAGCCUGUCCGCCGCCGGCCUGAGCGCCGAGGCCCUGCUGCUGUCCUCCGCCCUGCGCCAGCACCGCCUCCUCCGCGAGCAGCAGCAGCGAGCCUCCUCCCUGCCGUCCCCCAGCAGCCGCUCGCCCUCGCCCGCCUCCUCGUCCUCCCAGACGCCCACCGCCACCCUCUCCUCGUCUUCCUCGCCCACCACGCCCAUCUUGUCCCCCUGCUCGCCCACCCCGCUCAGCUCGCCCACCUUCGCCAAGGCCAACGGCCCAAUUCUGGAGGGCCUCGGCGGCUGCAAGGAUGGCCAAUGAGCGUCCAUUUUGAAGACCGACACUCCUAACUCUUAAAGACGUCCACCCUGGAAUAUUCUCACACCUUAGAUCCCACCUGAGAUAAGCUGUUUAGUGUAGGAGCUGCAAUAUUCACCACCAGGUAGUGUGUGUGUGUUUGUGUGUGUGUGUGUGUGUGUGCGUGGUUGUGGGCAGUUAGAUCCAAGAUGGAGUCACGUGAAGCUCAACGGUGUUUUAAAUGAAGUUUGAUGCCGUUUGAACAAGCUACAACACAAACAAGCACAGAAUGGUCCAAACGUACUCAUUAACACACCUCUUUAUCAAUCAAUCAAUCAGUAGAACGGUCCAAACGUACUCAUUAAGACACCUCAAUCAAUCAAUAGAAUGGUCUAAACGUGCUCAUUAACACACCUCU